AUGUCGAUGCAAAAAGAAGAUGAAGAUAUGAAAAAGUGAGUCAUUCAUAUGACUUUUCGUUAAUUUUCACCUUAUUGUGCAGAGUGAGAGUGAGGCUCGUUCAUGCGGAAAUGGAGUUGGAACUGGCAAGAGAUCAACUGAAAGCGGAGAUGGAGAAGAACCUCGAACUGAGCCGAAAAAUUGAGGAACUUUCGAAGCGGCUCACAGGCAAAGAGGACGAACUUGCUCGAGCCAAUGCGAAAAUCGUCGAAACUCGUGUGAAUUAUCAGAAGCUCGAGCAGCGGAAUAUUCGUCGUCAAGAAGAGCUGAAGAACGCCGUCGAGAGCUUGUGCAGAGAAAAAGCAGCGCAUCAGAACACGUUAAACACGUUUCAAAACGUGCUUGAAGAUAUAGAGAAAGAGAAGAAGGAGUAUGAGAAAAAGUACAUCGCAUUAGAGGUGAGCAUGAAAGCAAUGAUUUUGAAAAAAAAUUACAAAAAUCGAGCGGUUUCAGAAAAAUUUUGAAGAAAUUGUCGACACAGAAAAAGUCAAAAAAGAGAAAUUGGCGGAAGUGGAUAAGCUGAACGAGACGAUUAAAAACUUGAAGAGCGAGAUUAAUGCGGUAAUUGACUUUUUCAUGCACAAUUUAUGUACAUUUUGUUCGUAGGUGGCAGCAGUGGGUAGGAGAUCGGUCAUCCGCGAGCGACUCUCCUAUCAUUUACGCAUUCGGAUCACGAUAAACUUCUUCAACAAGUAAGAUCUUUAUUUUAUUCCCAUUUUAUGUUUCGAUGCUUCAGGAAGCCGGAGGUCGGCGUGCAACUGAUGAGAGAAUGGGGAAUUGUCAAUGGUCCCCAUUCAAUUGCAAAUCUGCUUUUCGACCGGGACGAUUUCUGCAAAAGCCAAGUCGGAGAGUACAUCGGAACUCUCCGCUCGGAUUUUCACAUACGGAUUUUAGAGUAUGAAGUUUUUACCUCAACUUUUAUAACUCAAAUACUUUAUUCUUAGACAUUUCCUCGCAAAGAUCGACCUCAAAGAUCUGGAGAUAGACAUGGCGUUCCGGAAGAUGUUGAAGUAUAUUUCUCUUCCAAGAGAGCCGGAAAAGGUUGACAAGAUUGUCGAAAAGUUUGCUAUGCAUUAUGCCAAUUCGAAUCCUGAAAUAACAUUGCGAUUCCGAGGCGGCUGGGAUACCAUUCAUGUCAUCAGUUUUUCUGUUGUCAUGCUUCAGACAGAUCUGUACAACGUGAACAUUAAACGUCGGAUGACUGUGGAAGACUAUGUACGCAAUUUGAGAGGGGCAGAUAAAGUGAAUAAAGACGAGGAAAACGGCAUAAACAUCGAUCGAUCGAUGUUGGAAGGAAUUUACGGUCGGAUGAAAGAACGGGAAUUCGAAGAAGGAUUCGAUCAUGUGGCCGAGGUGAAACUGAUCGAGAACUCUCUUGUCGGCGAGAAUAAACCGGUAAGCCUGAUUAUUGUGAUCAUUAUUCAAACAAAUUGAUUUCAGAAUUUAACAGAUAUUCCUCGUCGUCUAGUACACUUCUUCCGCAUGAAAUAUGUCAGUAAUCCCAAAGACUUGUUCGCUCACAAAAAGUGCAUAUUUCUGCUGAAUGACAUGAUUAUAAUUGCAAAAGGAGUCACUCAUGGAACCAUACAAAUCACUGGGACCACUUAUGUGUAUGAGCAGCAUGGCUUUCUUCUCGGAGCAGAACUUGUCGAGUUUCGGGAAAAAAAAUUGAAGUUCGGGAUAAUGAUCACAUGCGCCGACAAUAAGACGAUUCAUCUGAACGCAGCAAAUGAGGAAGAACGAGUCGCAUUCAUGAAGAACACGAGAGAAAUUAUACUUGAGGCGACUGUGAUGGAGGCAGUUCGGUAUGAACUUGAAAUGGAGAAGAAGAUGAAAGGACUGGACAAGACUUUCGAUGCGAUCCACACAGAAAAGAAAAUCCCAUCGGAUGAAAGCGGUUCCACCGACAUGAACAAUUCCAUGAACUUUUUUGUAAGAGUUUUUUCAUUUCACUUACAAUCAGAAAUGUUUUUUUUUUCAGAAUGAAACCUACAAUAGGUCUGUCGUCAAUUCACCUGUGUCCCCCCUUGUCAUCAUCGAUUCGCCAGUCACUGAAGAAGAGUGUCUGACAGAUACAACUCCGAAACCAAUUGUUUUUCCGGUUCAAUUUGAUGAGAACAUUUAAAAGUAGUAACAUGUUAAAAUAUUUUUUACGUCCUUGUACGGGACUAGAAAACUCAACGCCUCCGCCUCUUCCAUAUGAUUUUAUUGUUUCUAAACGUCUUCAUAAACUGCCGCAUUUGUUUAAUCUUCAGAAAGGUUGAUAAAUGAAUAAAUAAAUGAAGAUAUAUGUAUGUAUAAUUGAACGAUAACGACAUAAUCAUUCUCACUGUGGUCGCCAUUGUUGUUGGUUGCUUGCGUUUGCAAAUGAGGCUGGCUCAGAAAAUGAUGGGUACAUUUGAAAUUGAUCAUCAUCUUGGGGUGGAUAGUAAGUCUGAUUGUGAGCCGGGAGAUCGUUCUGAUGUUGAAUUUCGUUCACAAUGCUUUGUUGUUGAUGAUGACUCCAGUUCGUCUGAGAAUUAAUUCGAUUCGUUACAUGCUCGUCUCUCCAAUUCCAUUCGUGUUCCAGGCCGGUGGAUUGAGAUGACUGUGGCUCACAGGCCUGAUCAUUUGUCGAACCGGGUUCGUUUCUCCAGAACCGUUGGCCGGAAGGUAUUGUUGAGAGGUCAGAAAACUUUGCGGGCUCAGGUGUACGGCUAUUGAGAGCGGGCUGUCGUUCGGAAUGUACCCAGGACCGAUAUGGAAAUGCUGAAAGUUAAAUUAGAUUUAAACCAAAAACAUUAACAUAACUUACAGUCACGUGCAAACUCGAUUGUGUUCGUUUGAGACUCCAGUCGACAGUUAUUGUCGAGCGAUGCAGUUGAGAUCGUAGCAGGAGUGACGUGCCUCACUCGAACUUCAUCAAUCGAUUGAGAAGUCAUCGGAAGAUUGAAAUUAUGUUUCCCUGAUCGGUUAGAAUAUUCAGACACGGAUUUGGGUGCUCCCGGGUUCACAACUAAAGACAUUUGCAACUGUGCGGAUUCGUAUUUGGCCAGAUUAGUUUUCAUUCUGUCGAUUUUCUCCCUGGCAUAAAUCAUGAAUCUAUAAGCCUCCUUCAAAAUUUUCUCCUGAAACGUGAUAAAAUUUGUGAUAUUUUUCAGUGUGCCAGUUUGUACCUGACUAGGAUGCGGCCUUCUAAAAUUUCCAAAGCCGGGCGGCAAUGCCUCCUUCAUAUUUUGCACGAUUUUUGCUAUCUGCAACCAAAUACGCUUAGAGAUAGCCGGAAAUAACAGAACGCUUACAUUUACUCUUCGAAUCCGGUCUUGUAAAACUUUCUCUUCUCGGUUUUCCACUUGUCUCCUUGCUGGCGGCAUUUCGAUGAGUUUUCUGAAACCCUCUUGCUUUGAAUAAAAAUAAUAUGCAUAAAAUAAGAAAAGAAACAAAGACAACGGUCUCUCCCCUCUGAACGAAGAUCUCCGAAUACCUAAUACAGAAAGAGCGGUCCGCUUUUUUGGGGGCCAUCGAAAAUAACGUCAUCUGUUCUUUCGGGGCCCACCCCAACAGCGACUCUCAGAAAACCGACGAGGCCCGGCUUGGUUACACUUCAGCACCAAUGGACUUUGCAAAACAAGAAAACGAGACGUCGCCAGAACAGGAGCCGGUCUAAACAACGGUGCAGGUGCCUACCGAUAAAACAGUUUCUAAUUUGUACUUCCAGAACUUAUAUUCAAUGGGAAAAAUUCAAAUGAUUGUUCUUCCAUUCAUCUCCUUUCAUUUUUCUACAUUCUUGCUGAUGCUCUCGGAUUACCUCCAUCCAAAGAUGCAGUCUCGCUCUGAUCUUCGAAUCUCAGUACCUGUCAACAUAUUGCUUGGUUUGAUGGUUUCAUUAUGUUUGCCAAUGUCCACUCGAGUCUUCUUUUUGGGUCGGUCGCACUUUUCCUUUGGCGGGGUAGGACAUCCCGGGAGGAUCAAAACCAAGAUGAAAAUAACACCACGUACGUAUGUGGGAAGCACGAAAACUAUCAAGUCUCACCAGUGGAAGCGUCGAGCUUUUCGAAGAAUCUUAGAAGAAAAAAUAAAAGAAAUGUCAGUUUCUAUUCCCAGAUAAGCGGUUUCUUUUAGUGUUAUCAAGUCAGCUAUUGGUAGUUCAUUUGCUAAGACAAUUUUCCGGUCUAAGCACUUAGUUUUUAUUUUUGUAGCCCUUCACAAAGUGCAUUUGAGAAAAUUGGAGUUCCAGAGUGGAGUGAACCAGAAGAAGAAAGGGAUCGCUUGCUGGGAUCCUCCAAAAAAAAAUAAAAGCGAAUGAAAUUCCAAUCAAAGUCUUCAGGUGGUCGAUUUGGAUGAGCUACCUGAAAGUGUCGAGUUUUCUUUAGUUUUGUCCAACUCUUCCGAUGACACUUUUCCAAACUUUCUCGCACCGUGGCUCGUGAAGUUUUUCGAGUUCGGACAUGAAAUCUAAAAAAUAACGUUCGUUCUUCCAGAUGUGUUUCUCUUAAAAUUUCAUUUUUGGUUCAGAUUUGCUGAGAUUGGCAUUUUUGGUUCAGAUUUUGCUGAUUUUUGGUUCAGAUUGGCCGCACACCCUACGCGUGCAGUUGCACCUGACGUCAUCAGCAGGGACUCGGACGACGAAGGAAAUCGAAGAACGCAUUCGCUCACAGAUCGGGAGGGUCACCGAAGAGACCAUUCGGCCAUGUCAUUCUUUCAUUCGCUGUCGGGUGGUCCGGUUCUUGAUCUUCUCCCGUCUUCCCUGUUUCACCGUCGUUUUUCUAUUUGCCAAAAGUUUUACAGAUUGGAUUCGUCCUGGGAAGCUAUGGAAAGCGCCAACAAAAAAGCGCCAAUAAUGACUACUGAACAAGAAGAAUACGUGCCGGCCAAGGUAAAAAACCACCACCUAUUCAAAGUAUGCAUCUUGAUAAUUUUCAGCUUACUCUGGAACUGGACAAGUUACAUGAAGCCGUCAGACCGUUUUUCAAUGUGAAAUACACGCGAGGGGAAGCGAUCAGUAUGGCGGUGAAAAUUAUCAACCGAUACAAAGAGACGACGAUGGAGAUUGAGCGGAACCCGUCGGAACAAUGGCCGGCGACAUCGGAGCCCCCUAGUGUUGAUGAGUGUAGUCAGGAGAAUCGGUCUUCGAGCGCACAUGACAUUCCGAUUGAUUCAAAUGACAUCGUGCCAACUCCAACUCCAUCCUGGGAAUCGUCGCCUGCCCAAUUCGUGGAAAGAAUCGCUACUCGGUCCCCGCCUAUUGAGCAGUUCAGUGUGAAGUCUGUCGCUGAGCACCAGGAUGUCAAACUCGGCAUUUCUAUUCUUAGUGAGAAAAAACCGGAACAGAAUGUCUAUAAAGGGAAACUGAACAUUACAGAUUCUGAAGCCUCAAUCUGCUUGAAGGAACCAAAAGUGAAGCCGCUGGAGCCGCUUGCAGAGCUGAUAAUUGAGCCAAUAGAAGAACUUCCUAGACUGGCGUUCCCCUUCGGAUUGCCCAUGUUGUUGUUCGGAUGUGAAUAUUCCCUGGUGGCUGCUCCAUUUAGCGUGUACGGUUAUGGCAUCGGAUCCGGAUAUCAACAACCACCUACUCGAGGAAGUACGCCCACUCAACAACUGAACCUUUUUGACCAACUUCUGCGGCACGUACCUUACCCCGUCUUCACCCCGAUGCUUUUUGCAUCACCAAUGGCAUUUCUGAACACGCAGAAAAAGAAACGCGACCAGGAGAACAAGAAGUAA